ACAAGUGAAAAAAAAUAUUAAAAUCAUGAUGAUGUGACAUUUGUUGGGGUCUGUAGCCUAGUAAUUAAAUAUGUUUUCUGACAUCUGGAGAAUAAACUACAGUGCACUACAGUACUUAAUUAUGAUGCUGUUUGUCACACAUUUUACCUCAUUAAUAUUGUGAAUAAUUGCGGCCCUAUAGGAUACGCUCAUUCCCAACACACAGUGCAGCCACUGUGGUUGUGUUUAUUUAUGGCAGCUCUUUUGGGUGCAUCCAACAAAUUGUCCUCCGAGCGCACAUCUACAGGCAUUCUGAGCAUACACACAUACUAACACAGAUAUACCUAUAAAGUUAAAUCUAAAUGAACCACCUCACACUGACAUUGACUUUACUGGGAGCGAACAACGCUUUUCGCCUGUAGCUUCUUCAGGUUCGCUCAGUAAAAUUACAAGCCCUCACAGGUGUGAUGAAUAGGCUGCAUCUGGGUCACACAAGCAGUUAUUAAAGUCUUAAUUUGUUCUCUAUUUCCAAGGUGUUUUACCACUUUUACAAUGGUGAAAGUAGAUCAAAAAACAUAAUUUAAAAAAAUAGCAUGAUUAAUCUAACGUAAUAAUCCUAAUAAAGUUACAGAAAAGUUAUUCCAGCAUGCUGUGGUUAAUUUAGAUUUUGAACUGCAUAGCCAGGCGACCUAGCAGCACCUGACUGUUGCUGGCUGUGCAUGGGGAGUUUCAUUUACUAGUGAACAGAUAAAGCUAUAUGAAGUAGAGAUUUGAUUCUUUUUUUCAGGCUUGGGUGGAGCUCAUAACUGCUCAGCCUUAUUUUAUCCAGCCUGAUCAAAGCUCUAAUAUGCACCCACUUACAUGUCUAAGUUAACCUGUAGUUUUGGUCAAAUAACCAUUUCCCUCAUGCAUGUUUACACCCACCAUAGGACUGAUUUUAUCUCGCCUUGGAGUCACCUUGGACUCACAGUCACAGUAUUGCUAAAAUUUUGGCUACGGCCCUGCUGAGUAACAUGAAAUAUGGAAUGUAGUGAAUGUGACACUCUCCCCUCUGUCAAGGUGCCCUUGAGCAAGGCGCUGAAUCAAAUCCCCAACCGCCUGUGGUUGUCCCCCUGUGGACAGCAGCAGCACUCUGUGCGGGUCUACACAGCAGCUCCUGCACUACACAUGGAUUACAGCUGCUGUGGAUGUGAAGCAGGCUGCAUCUGCAAACUGAACAAUAACCAACAAUACACAUCUCCAACCAUCAGUCUGCCUUUAAAGGAAGCUGUCUCAGUGUGGGAGCAGCCUGUUAACGGCACUGCAGAUGGACUAGAGUCAGCUCCCCGGCAGCAGCAGCAGCCUCAUCACUCUGCCACAUCCUCCCCCUCCACACACACACACACACACACACACACACACACACCAUGAACGUAUCUCUCACAUCCUUCCGUCGCUGCAUUUAACCCUCAUCUGCUGCGUUUAGAAGCGACCUGACGACGCACGGCUCCGGUUUCUUCUGCGUUUUCCGCGGACACCGUGCAGUGUGAGGUCGCUCCCCCCGGCUGCGGAGGACACAAUGAGGCGGCUUUUUCUUAGAGCCGUGCAGGACAAAGCCAUGAACCCCUGGCUGCUCUUCGCUCUCCUCGGACUCUGUGCAGCAUUUGGGCCCAGUAAACAGGAAGAAGAGGACUAUGAAGAUGUUCCCAUAAAUAAGACCUGGGUCCUAUCACCGAAGGUCUACGAAAGCGAUGUGACUUUGAUCCUAAAUAAACUGCUGCAGGGCUACGACAACAAACUGCGGCCUGACAUCGGAGUGAGGCCAACGGUGAUUGAAACAGCUGUGUAUGUCAACAGCAUUGGACCAGUGGACCCCAUCAACAUGGAAUAUACCAUUGACAUCUUCUUUGCCCAGACAUGGUAUGACAGCCGACUCAAGUUUAACAGCUCUAUGAAGCUGCUCAUGCUCAACAGUAACAUGGUAGGCAAAAUCUGGAUUCCCGACACAUUCUUCAGGAACUCCCGCAAAUCAGAUGCCCACUGGAUUACCACUCCCAACCGUCUCCUGAGGCUGUGGAGCAACGGGAGGGUCAUGUACACACUGAGGUUGACUAUUAAUGCGGAGUGUUACCUUAAGCUGCAUAACUUUCCAAUGGAUGAGCACUCGUGUCCACUGGAGUUUUCAAGCUAUGGUUAUCCCAAGAAUGAGAUCAUGUACCGGUGGCAGAGACGGGCGGUGGAGGUGGCAGACCAGCGGUACUGGAGACUCUACCAGUUUGCCUUUGUAGGGUUGAGGAACACCACUGAUGUGGCACACACUCAGUCAGGCGAAUAUGUAAUCAUGACGAUCUUUUUCGACCUGAGUCGGAGAAUGGGCUACUUUACCAUCCAGACCUACAUUCCCUGCAGUAUGAUCGUGGUUCUGUCCUGGGUCUCUUUCUGGAUCAACAAGGAUGCUGUGCCAGCCCGCACGUCUCUAGGUAUCACAACAGUGCUCACCAUGACAACUCUAAGCACCAUCUCAAGGAAGUCCUUACCCAAGGUUUCCUACGUCACUGCCAUGGACCUGUUCGUCUCUGUCUGCUUCAUCUUCACCUUCGCUGCCCUCAUGGAGUAUGGCACUCUGCACUAUUUCACCAGCAACAGACAGACCAAAAAGGCUAAAGCAAACAACACACAGCAGAAAGCAUCCAGUAUGGUGAAUAUCCGACCUGGCACAUCCCUGCUGCAGAUGAACAACAUCGUGCCCUAUCACGAGGAGGCUGACUAUGCUUACGAGUGUUUGGAUGGAAAAGACUGCACCAGCUUCUUCUGCUGCUUUGAUGAUUGCCGCUCAGGUGCCUGGCGUGAAAACAGGAUGCAUGUUCGGGUUUCCAAGAUUGACUCUUACUCACGAAUAUUCUUCCCCACUGCUUUUGGCCUUUUCAAUCUGGUUUAUUGGAUAGGUUAUCUGUAUCUAUAAAACCAGUACCUCAAAAAAGGACGACUGGCGUUUAACAUCUGCAAGCAUUUCAUAGAAACAGAGCUGCUCUUGGCUGCUUAGCAAACAUGGAGGCAAAAAAUAAACUAAAUUGAAAUCUAAAGACAAAUUAUCAAUGCCAAUACUACAACAAGGUGGUAUUCUCUUAACCCUGCAAUGUGAUUUUCUAACAAGAAAAAAAAUGUAUUUCUAUUAUUUAAGCUUAACCAUAAAUAAUACUAUCAAUCCUUCUAUCUAUUUUCCGCAACAUAUCCAGGUCAGCUUUGCGGUGGCAGCAAGUUAAGAAAGGUAGCCCGAACAUCUUUCCACCUAGUCACAUCUUCCAGCUCACCAGGGCCCAUGUUCCAAUAAAACACUGUAUUAGUGCCCUCUUUGAUGCCCCUAAGGUAGAUAAAAAUGAAUACAGUGCCCUCUAAAGUGACCCAAUGUACAAGAAAACAGGAUAAAGUGCCCCUCUAGGGUGCCCUUCCAGUAGAGAAAAUGCAAUGCUUGGCCAUACAGCCUGCCCUACAUGUUAGAAUUUUAUAAGGAGUAGGGUCUAGACCUGCUCUAUUUGAAAGGUAUUCUGAGAUAACUUUUGUUAUGAAUUGGUGCUAUACAAAUAAAAUUUAAUUGAAAAUUGCUACAUAGCAAAAUUGGUCCAGUGACGGCCCCCACAGCUUACUUAAACUCCAAAGAAAGAAAGUUGUGAGGCAUUUAUGGUGAAACAGUUUGGCCCUUACACUUGGCCCACAUACAGCAAUGACUUAUGGUCCAGAUGUGGGCCAGAUCUGGUGGCCACAUAUGGCCCAUGACAUAGCUGGCCCUACGUUGGACCAGACAAGUUUCAGCACUGGUUCCACUGAACACAAAAAUGGCUGAAUGUAUGGGCCAACCAACUGGGCUAUGUGGGAUAAUUAAUAAAUACAUCCCGACUUUCUGUACUCUUGUGCCCUUUUUAUUUUCUUCCCCCCUGCCCCUCAGACAACCUGAGUCCGCCAGUUCUUUCUUGCCAGAUCCUAAGCACCGCUGACAGCUAAAGUGUUCCCAUCUGGCCUGGGAACACCUUAGCUGUCAGCUGUGCCGGGAGUACGUCCACAAGGAGACAUCCAAAAGUCAUCCUAAUCAGAUGCCCAAACACUUCAACUCGCUCCUUAUAUAUCUGAAUUCCUCAGCCCAUCUCUAAGGAAGAGUCCAGACACCCUGCAAAGAAGACUUAUUUCAGCUUCUUGCAUCCACAAUCUUUCCGUCAUUAUCCAGAAGUCACGACCAAUCAGUUGACACAACAGUCUGGCUCACUCAUAAACAAGGCCCUGAGACACAAUUUUCCUCUCUGUCGAACACAGGAAUCUAUGUAGAUAAAUAAUAGGUGUACAUUUCUACCUUGUUCACCAUUGCACAAUUAAAAUAGGGCCUCAAGUGUUUCAUUCAUUAAAAAUGGGGACCUUGACAUUGAGGCUAAUGACUGUAGGUAAAUAACUCAAUAUAGCUGAAUUAAAUGUUUUCCUUUGACAGCAAAAGUGCUUCAUAAUAUUGGCCAACUCCACUCAUACUCUGCUUUUUCACAUGCUUUUACAACCAUUAAAAUGUUGGGUUCUAAUUGCCAGGUCCAUUUUGGAUCCUGUUCAAGGUCGACAAAAUAACCUGAUUCACCAAGCUCCAAUGCUAACAACUCUCUUAUUGGGCCUUUUAUCUCUUCUUAUUCAUUUUUUAUUAGCAAAGAGCAAUGGAAAACACAUUCAGGUACCUUUAGGCUUCAUUUUAAUCUAGCAUGCUGUUGCUUUGGCCGGUUAUAAUGACAAAUGUUGCCAGUGGAAGAUUAUUUCAGCUUUAGCUAAAAAAUGUUAACAGCUAAAAUUAACUUGCAAAUGUAAUUUAAACCUCAUUAGAUUCAAUUGGGAUUUGAAAGGAUUCAGAUUCAAAAAGGCAGAUUUGAUACUGGAUUUCCUAACCUGCUGACGAACCCUAACCCUGCCUAUAGAAGCUCUGACCCCAGAAACGUUUGCACAAGUAAAACUCCAGUCUACACAGAGGAUAUAUUGCCAUCAAACCUAAAAAAAAUAGCCCAAACGUUUGUUUACUCUCUGCCACCGUGCUAUUGAUAUUGUUGACAAGUAGGAAAGAGGAAGUGCAUUGCACUUUCAGCUGUAAUAUGGAAUGAAGGGGUAUUUAUCCUCUGUUAAAGGUAAAUUCCCUGAUUUUCUUAGAGUGGCCAAUAGCUCAGUUGAGUUUCAAGAUUUAAAACAGAGUUUUGGGAUUCAGGCAGACUAUUGGCCACUAUAAAACAACCAGGGUGCAUAUCUUUCUAUAUCUGAACGACUCCAUUGUUCAUAGGGUUCUAUUUUUCUAGGCAACACCUCACAGCAUUAAGAUUUGUGAGGUCAAACUGGUCUAGCCUCUGCUCAGAAGCUACUGCAUGGAAUGAAUUUGUAACCUGUCAAACAGUGAAUUGUCUUGAACAAUGAUGGUUGUUUUUCCAGCAGCCAGAUUUUAUACUAUUAUGUAUCAUAAGUUACAAAAAGUGUGAAAAUUGUCAUUGAUGCACUGUUCAGGCAAAUGUGCAUACACUCUCAAAAACACUUCUGAAUUGAAAAUUUCCAGCUCUAAAUUGGGCAUUCCCCUCCUGAACAGUUUUGAGAAAACAAUGUCCUUUACUAUACAGCUCAUAAAUUACUUGAAUUUCCUUUUAUACAGUUCUGUUACAUGUGAAAGACUCACUAUGUGGACAGCUGUUUUUGCCACCCUGCAAACGGUCUGAGACACAAGCAAUGAUUGCAUAUUGAAGUAUUUCCAGCAACAUCCUCUUAGAAUUACUCUACAAUUCAUGUCUGAAUGGCAGCUGUCAGUAGAGUCAGUAUCAUAAAGGAACAAUUAACUACAGAGGACUUAAAGCUGAUUUUUUUUCCCUUCAUUUUUUAACGUACGCAUCUGCUCGGAAAUACAGUAAAAAAUUCCUUCAGAAAUGGCAGGUUCAUGAAGUUGUUAUAUAGUUUGACAUUAAUUGGCAUAGGUGUAGUACUGCUGGAGCGCCAACGAUGGUCUGCCACUUUUUUUCUCCAAGUAGGGAAAAUAGAAUAGCCUACCGUAAAAUGUGAGAAAGGCCUCUAAUUCCUUUUGGAAAAACUGAUGACUUGGUAUGGUUGUUUUCACACCUGAUGCGUACCGAACCAAAUUUAAGACCAUCUUUUCAAGUGGCGUGGUUAUUUGAUCUGUGCCCAAGUACAAUACACAGGGUUUACACUAGUGCCUGAAAUGGGUCUGUACUCACAGUUAUUAAGUACCAGCAUUUCUGAUCCUUGGUGUACCCUUACUUCUUAUUGAGUACCACCACCUGCGGUAUAAUAAUCGCCUAAAAAUAAAAAUUUUGAUGCCCCAUAGCCCCCCUAGCAAGUUCAGUUUUCUGUAUUUCUAAAAACCCUGCAUAAAGCCAUGCUGGUGAGGUACUCCUAAAUGCCUGCGUAACUCCAAAAGAAUUAUGGUUAGGGUUAUGCUGUGUUUAGGGUUAGGGUUGUGGUGAAUUAGGGUACUGGCACCUUUUUUGGUCCAAUUCAGGCACUGGUUCACACUAAUUAAAUGAACUGGACUUUGGGGUCAAGACUGCCAUUUCUAAUUUGUAUGGGACACACAGAAACAAAUUAAAGCUGUGGCUUUGUUUUUAAAGAGGUCAGUACAGUAAGUGAGGUAAUACUAAUGUUGGUCUUAAUGUAUACUUAUAACAUCAUUAUUGUCUCUGCUGUUCAUUACAAGAAUAAGACCCUUUGCGUAGUCAAGGAUUACUUACGUUAACUUAAGUGUAUUACGGCAUACUCAGGUUCUUUGCUCUUUAACGAAUGUUCAAAACAGUCGCUAUGAACCUAUGCCAUUAUUGAAGAACAUAUCAUUACAUUCUUUAUAAUUUUACUGAGCAUUUCAUGUAUAUAGUAGUAUCAGCUUUCAGCCCUAAAGCACCUGUACUUUUUUAGAUAGUUAAUCAGCAGUAUACUGUGCAUCCAUGUAGACUGCAAAAUUCUUGGCUUUUUUGUGAUAUAAAAGAAGAUAAAACACAGGUGUAUACUACUUCAGGUAUUUUUGUCACACUCUAAAAUGUAAGAAUGAUAAAAGUGACACAUGCAGACAACACAGAUACCAAGAGAGACAAAAAUGCUACACCAAUGUUUUCCCAUGAAAUAACUGCAGUUUAAGCAGUUCUUGAACUUCUCACACACACCAAAGAAACUGUCAGAUACAAUUUAGUAGCACGUCCUGUAUAAAUGUCAUGUUGCACAUAAGUUCUGUAAAAUGUCAAAUACAGAAUAGUCAUAACCCUUACAACAGCGCUUCAUCUAGAUGCCAUAUUUCUGCCAUGGUUUUAGAAAUUUAUGGUGAGAUAGCCAUCAAUGAACCCACAUUUCAGAAAAAGUCAUGUCUGAAAACAAGUAGUUUUCAUCCAUAUCUAACAAGGAAUGUACUGAAAGCCACAUUUAUCUAUGCAAACAUUUUUGCAGUUCUCUAAGGGUGAUUACUCCUAGUUUACUUGUUUGGUCUGAACAAGGGAUGUACAAUUGAUAUAAUUAUUUUAAUCGAUUAAUGGUAUUAAAGAAAUAGUAGAUAAUCCGAUAAACCAAGGAAUGCAUGAGGAAUACUUGACAUGACCAAAGUGUCUGUACAUCCUUUGUCUAAACCAACUGUGUUUUAGCAUUUUUCUACUUUGUGUACUUAGUUCACUUCCCAGUUCCAGUUAAACCAGUUUUUAAAACAUGAGAUACCAGACUUGUCUUAUAAUAGGUUUCUGCAGUAUCGAUGCCAAUAAAUAAGUACAUCCUCCAGCUCACACAUAUAAGAAAAGUAGAUUUUAUCAUGUUUCAGUAAAAACUGCAGUUAACCUGUUGUCUUAAUAAAUUCAGCAUGAAGUACUUUCCACCACUACUGACUUCUCUGCUGCUUUCAGUGGUUCUUCUUAAAAAAAAAAACUUAAAUACUGCCCCCACUCACUAGGUUUUUUUAAUCAUUGUUAAGCUUCUGUCAAUGAAACAUCACUUACGUACAUAUUUUAUCCCAAAUCAUGAUCUUACAAAGCCUAACCCUAACCUAACCCUAACCUAACCCUAACCCUAACCAAGUAGUUUUGUUGCCUAAACCUAAACAAACUGCGACAAUCUCACAACAUUACCCACGUGUUUAAGGUCUGGAGAUAACGCAAGGUCCGAUACACCUGUUGCUGGUACUCUCCACCAGUCAUACACUGAUUUAGGAGUCGUUGGCACUCAAACUAUUAUAUUGCUUAGGUAUGAGGACGUAUUGGCCAAAAAACAUGAAAGUUCCUCUAAGCUGUCCCCACCUCAGCAGCAGUGACACCCUUCAUUAGGUUUUGCUGCUUCCAGUCACAUUAUUCUUUGAACUGCUAAUCACAGAACAUGUGCAAAUGACAAAUAUUCCUCUAAUGUAGCAUUUGUAGCAGGCUUGGUAAACCUGUUGAUACUGUACCAAAAGGAAAUUCUGUAGAUACAUGGGUUGCAAAAUGUUAGUCUGAUUCUUAUCAUAUCAGUGCUUUUAAAUAUAGCAGAUUGCAUUUUAGUAUAGUGUGUCAAAUAUAUUGCUAAUCUUGUUAUUCAUUUGUUCAUAUCUUGGGGGGAAUAAAUCUAAAUUACAAAGUGAAUAUGCUUAACAUUUACAAUACUUUGUUAGUUAUUUACAGCAUAAUUAAUGCAAGCAUAAUUUGUUUUUCAGAGCUUCUUUGCCCAAAUUCCGUAGCUACAUUGCUGCCUAUAUUAUUUGAGAGUAUAAUUUCAAGAAUUUUGCACGUUUUGACAAAGCUGUGUCUUAGGGUUAGCACUGACGGCUUCUGCGGACACUUGGUAGGAUAGUCCAGUAGUCUCUAUAGGGCCUUCAGUUUCCCCAACUUCAACACUCCUCUGUCUUGGCUUCAAAGAAAUUAUUCAUGAUCUGUGUUAAAAAAAAAAAGUGUAAGUUUAUAUGGCUUUUCAAUCUGUAACUCAAAUUAUUCAUUUAAGUGUAUUCACCAGUUGCUCUGUAACUACAUGUCAUUAUAUUGCAUACUCAUUCUUGUAAGUAGCUAAAGACUUCAAAAUCGAAUGCUGUAUUGUUCAGCCUAACAACCUCGAAAACCAUGUUCAAUGAUAGAAUGCGAACUUGAGAGCAAGGUUGUUAAUGACUGGCACAUAAUACUGCGUAUUGCAUUCAACUCAAGCCAUAUAAACACAUCUCUCAUCUGUGUUCAAUGUCAUUCUCUGUAAAUGUUGCUCAUAUUGUAUCGUGACUACUUACUCAAUACACUGUGAGAAAAUAAAGCAGUGCCUGGAAAAAGUCCAA